UGCGCGCCAGGCGGCUGCGCCCAGCUGGGAAGCGGAGCAAUGGAGACGGCGCGGGAGUUCGCGGGAGCCCUCCUCAGGCCCCUGACGUUCAUGGGGCUGCAGACCAGGAAGGUGCUGCUCACACCCCUCAUGCAUCCUGCUCGCCCCUUCCGAGUUUCCAACCACGACCGGAGCAGCCGACGGGGGGUGACAGCCAGCAGCCUGCAGGAGCUCCUCAGCAAGACCCUGGAUGCCCUGGUUAUCGCCAGCAGAGUGGUCACUUUAGUGUUGGAGGAAGAUGGCACCGUGGUAGAUACAGAGGAGUUCUUCCAGAUGCUGGGGGACAACACACACUUCAUGGUCCUGGAGAAAGGACAAAAGUGGACACCGGCUGGUACCUACAUCCCCGCCCUCCAGAAGCCUAAGAGAUCGGGAAUAGCAAGAGUCACCUUUGACCUGUACAAGCUGAACCCUAAGGAUGUCAUCGGCUGCCUCAACGUCAAGGCCACCAUGUACGAGAUGUACUCCGUGUCCUAUGACAUCCGGUGCACAGGGCUCAAGGCCCUGCUGAGGAGCCUGUUGCGGUUCCUGUCCCACACCGCCCAGGUGACUGGCCAGUGUCUCAUCUACAUGGGCACGUACGUGCUCCGAAUGCUGGCUGACUCGGAGGAGCAGGCGGUGCCUGGCGUGCGCCCUAGGCGGGGGCUCACAAGUGGAUAGGGGUGCACAGCAUAGGGGCUCUGCCCCCCUUGACCCAUCUGAUUCCUUUCCAAUUCGAAGACACUGUUCGUACAUGUGCAUCUAUGGGCGGUGGUCCCUUCUGCUCAGGAACAGGGGCUUGAGAGCACGUGUCAGGGCGGGGCAGCAGGUGCCCCGUGGGGAUGGGGGAUAAGGGUCAGCGUGCAUGCACAAGGCCCUGGGCUCCUGCAAUAAACCCACGACAAAACUUC